CGCACCCACACCUGUGGGGAACUCCGAAAGUGUGAUGUAGGAAAAUCUGUUUCAUUGUGUGGCUGGCUUUAUUCCACCCGACUGUCCUGCGCAUUCUUGCUUAUUAAAGAUGCGUAUGGAAUCACACAAGUCCUAGUCGAUAAAAGUUUUCGAAAGCUAAUCCCUCCUAGCGACUCCGCCAUAAAGGUUGAAGGCGAGGUCCGAUUGCGUCCCGAAAAAGACAUAAAUCCGGUAACAUUUUUAAAGAAAAUUAUUAACUGA